AUGCGUACACAGCGGCUAUAAACUUUCGUCGCAUUUGCCCGAAAUGUUUAUUAUCAUUAAUUAAACAAUUCAUUGUUGAUAUAAUCGGUGCGGUACUUCAUAGGUGUUAGAGAGGGAAAUCGGCAAGUCUAGUGUUAUUUGCCAUUCUCCAAAAUAGUAGUCCAAAAUGGUGAAACUCACGACAGAGUUGAUACAAAAUUCUAUGCAAUAUAUGAACCCUUGCAGGGAUCGAGAGCUAGAUCUUAGAGGCUAUAAAAUACCACAAAUAGAAAACUUGGGUACUACAUUAGACCAGUUUGAUACAAUAGACUUCUCUGACAAUGACAUAAGAAAAUUGGAUGGCUUCCCACUGUUGAAGCGGCUUAAGUGCUUAUUAUUGAAUAAUAACCGAAUUGUGAGAAUCAGCGAAGGGUUGGAGCAAUACAUCCCGAAUAUUGAAUCUAUAAUUCUUACCAACAAUAAUAUUAUUGAACUCGGGGACUUGGACCCUCUUUCCACAUUACCCAAGCUUCGUACUCUCUCAUUGUUACACAAUCCAGUGGCUAAUAAGCAACAUUACAGAGCAUAUGUUGCAUUUAAAUUACCCGAGUUAAGACUUCUGGACUUCCGAAAGAUCAAGCAGAAAGAAAGGGAAGAAGCCAAUUUAUUGUUCAAAAGCAAGAAAGGCAAAGAAAUACAAAAGGAGAUUACAAGGAAAGCUAAAACUUUUGUUCCUGGAGGAAAUAUGCCUGAUGCUAAAGUCACUAAUCUCACUCCGCAAGAAAUCCACAAGAUUAGGGAGGCCAUCAAGAACGCUUCAUCACUCCAAGAAGUGGAAAGGCUGACGAGGAUGUUGCAGUCAGGCCAGAUACCAGGACAAAAGCCAUUGCAGCCAGCCACUCAAGCCAAUGGUCAACAAGAGGAAGAAGAAGAAAUGGAAACUGAGCAGACCAACGGGCAGUGAACUUCCGGUGUAUUAAAAUUUUCAGUUUGCUAGCUGUAAGAACAGAUACAUUACUAUAUAGGGUAAAUUAAGGUAUUAGUUGUUAAGAACAGACCACUAAUAGAUAUUUUCGUUGUAAAACGGAUGCUACACUUGCGAUGGUAUUGAGCGAAAGAACAGACUCACAAAAUGAAGUGGUCACGGUGGUAUAAUAAGAACAGAUACUAUGUU